AUGGAUUCACCAGUUGUUUCGCACCUUUUUCGCCAGCUAUUCCGGCAUCAGGCGACGCGAUCGUUGUCAUAUUCCCAGCCAUUGCGGACCCGACGCUCGUUACAGCCAUGUUCGUGUGGACAUCAGCAGUCACGCUAUGCCUCCAGGAAGCUUGGGAGCAGGCGAAAGAAGGAAGAUGAAGAAGACACCAUUUGGAGACAUCGAAUAGACCAUUUCCCAAAGGACAUGUCGCAGGAGCUCAGGGAUUACCCGUUGGUUACCGCGGUUGAGUUGCGGAAUCGCCGUGAACGGCCGAAGAGGGUGAAGAUGUUGACAAGAGAUUUCAUCGAGGACAGCCUGUAUAACCCGCAUUAUGGUUAUUUCUCGAAGCACGCGACUAUCUUUACGCCCGGCGAACCAUUCGACUUCAACAGCAUCGAGGAUGGACCUGCGUUUAACAAGUUGCUAGACCAGCGAUACGUGGAAUUCGAAGAUAAGCUGGAUGAGUCAAAUUACGAUGAAACUAGACAGCUAUGGCACACACCCACUGAGCUUUUCCGUCCCUACUAUGGAGAAGCCAUUGCGCGAUACCUUGUGACGAACUACAAAUUGACACUUUUCCCAUAUCAUGAUCUGAUAAUCUACGAGAUGGGAGCCGGAAAUGGCACAAUGAUGCUUAAUAUUUUAGAUUACAUCCGGGAUGUUGAACCGGAGGUAUACCAAAGAACGAAGUACAAGAUCAUUGAAAUCUCGAGCAGUCUUGCCAACCUGCAACAGCAGAAUCUCAACCACUCUAUUCACGCCGGUGGUCAUGGUGGCCAUGCUGAAAUUAUCAAUCGAUCUAUAUUUGACUGGAAUACCUACGUCCACUCCCCCUGCUUUUUCCUAGCAUUGGAGGUUUUCGAUAACUUUGGGCACGAUGUGAUCCGUUAUGACAUGGAGACUGGGCAACCCAGGCAGGGAUGUGUUCUCAUCGACGCUGACGGGGAGUUUUAUGAAUAUUACGUCCCAGACUUGGACCGUUCUGCUGCUCGAUUUCUGCGAGUUAGGCAGGCAGCGGCUCGUCGACCGUUUACCACCCCACUAGGACCCCGAUUAUGGCGUAAGCUGCAGACAGCACUUCCCUUUGCGCCUAAUAUGACUCUGCCAGAAUAUAUUCCAACUCGACUCAUGCAGUUCUAUGAUGUUCUACAUGACUAUUUCCCGGCUCAUCGUCUUAUUGCGAGUGACUUUGACUCUCUCCCAGACGCUGUGCCCGGCUUUAAUGCCCCCGUUGUCCAGACUCGAUAUCAAAGAAGGAAUGUCCAGGCAACAACUCCAUAUGUACAUCAGGGAUAUUUUGAUAUAUUCUUCCCUACUGAUUUCAACGUAAUGGAGGAUGUGUAUCGGGCGAUCACUGGUAAACUCACGCGGCUAACAGCCCAUGAUGAUUUCAUGAGACGUUGGGCGUAUUUGGAAGACACUCAGACGAGGAACGGCGAGAACCCUCUCCUAGGUUGGUAUAAAAAUGCCAGUGUGAUGAUUACUGUAUAA